AUGUCGACGGCCGCUCGACGGUCACACUCUGCCGCUUCCGGGCCGAAGGCGGAGAAGAAGCCGAUGGAGCCGCGACCCAGCGCCAGCAUCAUCUUGCUGUCACCGACUAACCAAGUCCUGCUGCUACACAGGGUGCAGACGUCGUCAGCAUUCCCCUCCGCGCAUGUCUUUCCUGGCGGUAAUCUAUCAGACUUCCACGAUGGGACUAUCCCACCGCCAGGCGAUGCCAAGCGGCAGGAGGACUCCAUAGCUUACCGGCUCGGUGCCAUCCGGGAAACAUUCGAGGAGAGUGGGAUACUGCUGGCGCGAGUAGGCAGUAACGAGGGCGGUCUGUUGAACCUGCCGACGGCGGACCGCGACGAGGCGCGCAAGUCCAUCCACGGCAAUGAGAUCAGCUUUGGGAAGUGGCUGGAGAGCGUGGGCGGGGUUGCAGACACAGACAAUCUGCUCCCCUUCACACGGUGGAUAACGCCCCUGGCGCCGCCAAAGCGUUUUACCACCCAGAUGUACAUCUACAUGCUGCCCCUCUCCUCAGACAAAGACCCCGUCAUCUCGGCCGCGCAACAGGAAGCCAUGAUCCCGACCCCCGACGGCGGCGCUGAGAUCACCACGGCGCACUUCGACGAGGCCGCGACGUGGCUGACGCGAUCGCGGGAGGGUGAGCUGAUUCUCUACCCACCGCAGUUCGUCCUGCUCCACCUGCUCGCGCCGUUCUUGACCGGACCACCACCGGUCGAGGCGCUGAGCUCCUCGGAGACGAUGGAGCACUAUCGGAUGCAAAGGGAGAAGCUGAGGGGGUUUCUGAAUGCGACACCGACGUCGGCGGACCCGAGGGCUGCGAAAUAUCCCACGGCGCAGAUCCCGUGGGGUGAGAAGGUCAUCAGUCCGGUGACGCUGGGGAUGCGGCAGAGCGACCAGAGGGCUAUACUUGGGCUCGACAAGCCUGGACCGGAGCUCAGGGGGAGUGCUAGAGGGGGUGAUUGGGAGAGAGUUGUUUUGGUCAAGUUUGGGAAGGGCGUUGUGAAGGAUGUUGAGGUUCGGGAUAGGCAGGAAGUGCUUGCGGAGGAGAGGGCCGCUGAGAAGGCGAAGGGGGCUUCUUCACAUCUGUGA